CAGCAUGCUUUGUUGGCUCCUCUCCCCGGGAGCCCGGGCUUUGGGCGGGGUUGAUGUAAUGCGGUGAAGUCACAAAGCCUCUCGGGGAGGCGAGAGGCGGUGGGGCUCGCAAGAGGCUGCUGAAGCUGAAGAGGCAAAGGAGCGGCCGCUUUGUCUGUUUGCCGCCCGCAGAGAGCCACCUGCAGUCCCCGCACGGGCUGCGAGCCCCGCCCCGGCGCUCCGCAGAAGUGGUUCUGCCGCGGGGCCGCUUGGUUUUUUGCUGGAGAAGCUGGACAAUGCAGGGUCGCUGCUUUCUCUGACUCCCCCCACCCCAUGACCGGCUGACGGUGGGACCCGGGUGUUUGCGGUCCCUGCCUGGCUGGACGCUGGAUGCAUUAGGCACGCGGGUUGCAGCUCGCCCUUCAGCAUCCCUCCCACCCCUCCGAGAUGGCGGACCCAGCCGAAUGCAGCAUCAAAGUGAUGUGCCGGUUCCGGCCCCUCAACGAGGCGGAGAUCCUCCGCGGGGACAAAUUCAUCCCCAAGUUCAAAGGCGAGGAGACGGUGGUGAUCGGGCAGGCAAAACCUUAUGUCUUUGAUAGAGUGUUACCGCCAAACACGACCCAGGAACAAGUUUAUAAUGCCUGUGCCAAGCAGAUUGUUAAAGAUGUUCUUGAAGGCUACAAUGGAACAAUUUUUGCUUAUGGACAGACAUCUUCAGGAAAAACACAUACUAUGGAGGGGAAGCUGCACGACCAUCAGCUAAUGGGAAUAAUUCCAAGAAUUGCACAUGACAUCUUUGAUCACAUCUAUUCCAUGGAUGAAAACCUGGAGUUUCACAUAAAGGUUUCUUACUUUGAAAUUUACUUGGACAAAAUAAGGGACUUACUUGAUGUGUCAAAGACGAACCUUGCAGUACAUGAAGAUAAAAACAGAGUUCCAUAUGUAAAGGGGUGUACAGAGAGGUUUGUCUCUAGUCCUGAAGAAGUUAUGGAUGUCAUUGAUGAAGGGAAAGCAAACCGCCAUGUAGCUGUUACAAAUAUGAAUGAACACAGCUCUAGAAGCCACAGUAUCUUCCUGAUUAAUAUUAAACAAGAGAAUGUAGAAACUGAAAAGAAACUCAGUGGAAAGCUUUAUCUGGUGGACUUGGCUGGAAGUGAAAAGGUCAGCAAAACUGGAGCAGAGGGCUCUGUUCUUGAUGAAGCUAAAAAUAUCAAUAAGUCUUUGUCUGCUCUGGGCAACGUGAUCUCAGCCUUGGCGGAGGGAACUAAAACCCAUGUUCCAUACCGAGACAGCAAAAUGACCCGAAUUCUUCAAGACUCCCUAGGUGGGAACUGCAGAACUACCAUUGUUAUCUGCUGUUCUCCCUCUAUCUUCAAUGAAGCAGAAACCAAGUCUACCCUAAUGUUUGGACAAAGAGCCAAGACUAUUAAGAACACAGUCUCUGUGAAUCUAGAGCUGACUGCAGAAGAAUGGAAGAAAAAGUAUGAGAAGGAAAAAGACAAAAACAAGAGUUUGAAGAAUGUUAUCCAGCAUCUGGAGAUGGAACUGAAUAGGUGGAGAAAUGGAGAAGCAGUGCCUGAGGAUGAGCAGAUCAGUGCUAAGGAGCAGAAAAAUCUGGAGCCCUGUGACAACACACCCAUCAUUGACAACAUUGCACCUGUUGUUGCCAGCAUCUCAGCUGAGGAGAAGCAGAAAUACGAUGAAGAGAUCACCAGUCUCUACAGACAGCUGGACGACAAGGAUGAUGAAAUCAACCAGCAGAGCCAGUUGGCUGAGAAACUAAAACAACAAAUGUUGGAUCAAGAUGAGCUCUUGGCUUCCACUAGAAGAGAUUAUGAGAAGAUCCAAGAGGAACUGACUCGUCUUCAAAUUGAAAAUGAAGCUGCAAAAGAUGAGGUGAAAGAGGUUCUUCAGGCCCUGGAGGAAUUAGCUGUCAAUUAUGACCAGAAAUCACAAGAAGUGGAGGACAAGACCCGAGCCAAUGAACAGCUAGCUGAUGAACUGUCACAGAAAACAACGGCUUUGACAGCCACCCAACGAGAGCUGGGUCAGUUGCAAGAACUCAGCAAUCAUCAGAAAAAGAGAGCUACAGAGAUCUUGAACUUACUGCUUAAAGAUCUGGGAGAGAUUGGAGGAAUCAUUGGUACCAAUGACGUUAAAACAUUAGCAGAUGUGAAUGGGGUAAUUGAGGAGGAGUUCACUAUGGCACGGCUGUACAUCAGUAAGAUGAAGUCUGAAGUGAAAUCUCUGGUGAACCGCAGCAAGCAGCUGGAGAGUGCCCAGAUAGACUCCAACAGGAAGAUGAAUGCCAGUGAGAGGGAACUUGCAGCCUGCCAGCUUCUCAUCUCACAACAUGAAGCAAAGAUCAAGUCCCUUACAGAUUACAUGCAAAAUAUGGAACAGAAGAGAAGGCACCUAGAAGAGUCACAAGACUCGCUUAAUGAAGAGCUGGCCAAGUUGCGUGCUCAAGAAAAAAUGCAUGAAGUCAGCUUCCAGGAUAAAGAGAAGGAGCAUCUGACCCUGCUUCAGGAUGCAGAAGAAAUGAAGAAAGCACUGGAGCAACAGAUGGAGAGUCACAGGGAAGCCCACCAGAAACAGCUGUCCAGGCUACGAGAUGAGAUUGAAGAGAAGCAGAAAAUCAUUGAUGAAAUCCGAGAUAUGAACCAGAAGCUGCAAUUGGAACAAGAGAAAUUGAGCUCCGAUUAUGAUAAAUUGAAAAUAGAGGAUCAGGAAAGAGAAAUGAAACUGGAAAAGCUCAUACUGCUUAAUGAUAAAAGGGAACAAGCAAGAGAAGAUCUUAAAGGGCUGGAGGAAACUGUGGCAAGAGAACUUCAGACCCUCCACAACCUACGAAAACUCUUUAUUCAAGACCUCACCACUCGAGUCAAAAAAAGUGUUGAACUGGACAGCGAUGAUGGAGGAGGAAGUGCUGCUCAGAAGCAGAAAAUUUCCUUUCUUGAGAACAACCUGGAGCAGCUUACAAAGGUUCACAAACAGUUGGUACGUGAUAAUGCAGAUCUUCGUUGUGAGCUUCCUAAGCUGGAAAAACGACUUCGAGCUACAGCAGAGAGAGUUAAGACUCUGGAGAGUGCACUGAAGGAAGCUAAGGAGAAUGCCAUGCGGGACCGCAAACGCUACCAGCAGGAGGUAGAUCGCAUUAAAGAGGCUGUAAGAGCCAAGAACAUGGCAAGGAGAGCACACUCUGCUCAGAUUGCCAAGCCUAUCCGCCCUGGCCAUUACCCAGCAUCUUCUCCAACAGCUGUUCAUGCUAUCCGAGGAGGAGGAGGAAUGUCAAACAACAGUUACUGCCAGAACAUGAAAUAAACAGUCAGGCUCCACUUAGCAUGUUAAAAGACAGACAUUAAUUCACUGAUAUUUUUUUUCUUCAACUUGCUCUGCGUCCUGUCCAUGUACUUUCUACAGCCAUCUGCAGUGCACUGUUUUCAAAUACUUUGAGCUUCAUAGAAUCUCCAUGUGUACAGAAGUGUGUUCAGCUCAGCUCUUCUUUGGAAACCUGUACAAUAUCUGUAACAUAGCCAUCUAAGUAACAAUAGAAGGUCUGCCAUUCAAAAUAUCUUCCAUUGACUUAAUUUUACCCCUUGGCGCUGGUUAGGUUGGGGCUUCUCUGCUGGCACUGAUGCUGUUUGAAGUACUCUGUGGAAUCAGUAAAUCCUGACUUCUGGCAUCAAAGAGUUAAUCAUUCAUUGACCAAGUGCCAUCAAAGGCAGUUGAUUGUGUUCUAUCAUGACUGAUUUACUGUAUAAUAUACAUAUUAUUUUAUAUUUUUAGGAGAUGAAAAUGUGCUGCUAUAUGAUUAAAUUAUUUUAAACACAUUUUCUGAAGUAAAUUUCCCCAAAGAAGCAUUUUUAAUAUCCUGGUAAAAUCUUUGGAUCUGUAUAAAAAUAUCCUUUACUAUCAUACCUGUUAAAGAUCAAACUAUGGAAUGGAGAGAAAUCUGUUAGUAUAGCAUUACGUUUUGGAGUUCAGUGAUCACACAAACUAACAUAACAUCUGAUCUGCUUGUAAUUCUGCCUAUGAUGAGAUUGGUAUGCCCUUAAUUUGAUAGCUAGCCAGGAGUUUAUAAGCACUGUUCAUCAGGAAAUUCUGAAAGUUUUCAAAAUGCUGCAGAAAUCUUGGUUUGAAAAAAGUGAGAUGCUUCCCCCUCCCAUCAUGUUUCUGGCAAGCCCUGAUCGGUUCAUAUUGGAAUUCAGAAAUGGGAGCGAGUCGUCUCUUGGGUACCUAGAGAAAAUUCUAUUAAGUGCUCCUAAGAGAGCAUGGGGGUACAUACUUCAAUUGUGCUGUGGAAAGAGAAUUUAGGAAGAUGGCACAUGUUAAUACAGCAUUGUGCAAAGGCAAAGAAUGUAAAUGAUAAAUUCAUACUGGAACUUGAUAAUAUUUAAGUCUGCCUCUGGAUAAUUUUAGCUCAUUCAACCAGUAAUGAGACUACUUGCCUUUUUUGCAUUCUCUUUUAGUGCCAGAUAUGAAGUUUCCAUCUGCACAGCAGCGGGCACUGGUCUCACCGUGGAAAAGCUAGGUUAGCAGGCCAAAGUCAAAGCUCUUAUGUUGGAUACCUACUGCUUUUGUUUCACAUGUGAAUAUCAAAUGGUCUUAAAGCAGUAUAGAUUUCAAGAUGAGUAAAGCAAGAUUAUACCCCUUUAGGCUUGGUUGCUGCUGUUUAUUCUUAUUUAAUGUUGGGGUUAGUUUUGGGGUUCUGAAUGUGUCCUGUGUGUUGGUAGACAUAUAUUUAAAAAUAUUUAACCUGCUAUAGAGAAUAUCUAAAGAUUCUGAAUUUACUUCAGACAUUUUUUUUCUACAGAAAUUAUUUAGAAAGCUCUCAAUUAUAGCACAGUAAGUUGGAUUUAAUUUAUUUUUUUAAGUGUUGCACUAUUUUGGGGAGCAUUUUGUUAAAAGUAUUUAAUAAAGACUUCAAAUUUGCAUUUAAUUUAUUUUGUAUUUUCCUAGGUUUCAUUUCUUUUAUUUUUCUUUAAAUAUGUGCAUAGGCACCACCAGGAAAAUGAACUGUGAACUUGUCAUAUGCAAUUUCCAGUAAUGGGACUAUUUCAAAGUUACCCUGUGCUAUCUUAAUAGCUGUGUAUAGCUACAAUGUGUAUAUGUAAAAAAGUAUCAAAUCUCCUCUUCCUUUGUUUCCAAAAAACGUUGUCUGAGAGGAAUGCCAACUAUGAAUUACUAUCAUUUUAUUGUACAUCAAACAUUCUGUAUUAUUUCUUCAUACACGGAAGUCCUAUAACUGGACUACUGUAGAAUGUUUUUCCUGUAUCCUUGAUUUGAAAUCUGUCACACAGCUAUAUUUAAAAAUUUCUUCUAGCUUAAAAACAAAGCCCAGGUUCCACAUCAGAACAAAAAGCAAAAUCAUCCUGUUAUGCAUAACAGUUUAGAUAGUUCUCUUCAGUUUCAUUGAUGAGUUAGCUCUGAUGUCUCUUAGAUAAUCAUGCUAGUGCUGAUCAGCCAGUCAGUCCAUCUAGCUUAGAUCACUUAAGUGUCUCAGAGUUAACUUUUAGAUCCUGACUUUGAUCACUUUAUCACUGAAAUGUUGAAGAGGUAUAUUAUACUCUAAUCCUCAAAAUGAAGGAUUGAAAAUUUACAUAAUUUAAACUCAUGAAUGUGUUGCUAUAAUUUAUACUGCUGCUAGUAUCUUCCAUUCUUAAGACUGUUUUAGGUAACAGUUUAAUUUCAUCCUACAUAAUUUGCAUUCAACAUUUUUGUACUACUUUUACAGUAUCUUACAUAUUUUAUACACAAAUGGAAACCAUGCCUCUGCUCAUGAGCUCAAGCUCAAACUCAGAGCUCGAGUCUGUGUUUUGCUAUUUCACUUAAUGCUGUUGUGCUUCCUUCUUCUUUCCUUUUUGAAUGUCAAAUUUCAUAUUUAUUCUAGAUGUUUGUUUGCAAGGAAACUGAUUUAAAUAAUUUAGAUUAAAUUUCAUAUGUAAAACUUCAUGCAGGACAAGUUUUACUAAGAUAAUGGAGAUACUUUCAUGGAUUGAUUUGCAAUAUGGAACUAAAAUGCACAUUUUUCAUUUUGCUACUAAUUAACAGCAUGUUCCUGCUCUGUUGUUUUUUUUUUUUACUAAUGAGUUCUAUUAUCUUGUGUUUUAUCCUUAAAUUCAUCAUUUAUUUAUUGAAAUGUGUUUUUGGUUUUGCUGAAAGUAAGGAAUGCUUUAAAAGCUGGAAAGAUCUUGGCUGAUAUGUGCAACCAAGUGUGUAUUUCACCAAACAAGGGUGAGAAUAGAUUAUCCUGAAUGUAUUGGAAACUUUUUUAAAAAUAGAUUCUUAAGUAUGUUAAUGUCUGUCUACAACAGACUUCUGAGUGACUUUUUUAAACUUCAAUUUAUGAAGAACCAGGAAUUAACACCCUUGCAGUUCUCAGGUAGAUUUGUAACUGUAGAGUAUGUGAAAUAGAGUGCUAUCCUCAUCAGUUCAUUAAAUAUGAACAAAUCUCUAACUAAACCAAAUUAGUCUUUGGAUUCCAUAUAUCUGAAAGGAAUAAGUGUUUGAGGAUUGUGGCUUCAUACAAUAGCGUGAAUGUAAUUUUCUGUUGCGGGGGAGCAGGGACAGCAAGGAGGAGAAAAUAACUUUUUAUAAUAUAAAGUAGAUACCCAUGACAAGAAAGGGAAUCAUUAAGUCAUACUAGCAGGGUAAUCUUAAUUGACCUUUGCUGAGAUUUUUUGCUUUAAGGACUUUAUGAACUGAAAAACACACAAAUAUCUGCUAAACAAAUACAGAAACACCACUUCAGAGCCUGUCUUAAACAACUUUGUCAAUUUGAAAUACUCUUCAUUUCAGGAGGACUAUGGGGACUGAGGCAUUCUGUAGAAUUAUACGUGUCUAGUUUGUAAAGUGUGUAAUGUGUACUGCAGAUGUGUAUUUUCUGGGCUCUGUGUAUCUGUACAGUAGUGUUCAUUUUAGGAAAAAUUAAAUUGUGGACACGUUUUGGUGGUAACAAGGGGAAUAAAUUGCCACUACAGCAAAUGAUGCUGUAAUGUAUUAAACUCUUAACAGCAGAUCUGAAUCCCUCUCCCCCUUCCAUGGAUAAAUCUUUUAAUCUUGGUUCUAAAAUACUAUCUAUUAAAGAUGUAUGGAUACACUGGCAGACUGCAUGAUGUAUCAUUUAAAAACUGUUGAAGUGGAAAAUAAAAUUGAAUUAAACUUU